GGAUCGCGCUCAUCUUUCCCUCAGCCUGGCGUCUCUUGAGUAACAGGCUGACAGUAAUGGAGGACCUAGAAGAGCACUGCGACGGGAUGGAGGCUGACCAACACACCAUGUGGAUUAUACCAGGAUUAAAAACAUUUGCUGUGUCUUUGUAGGGAGUUGUUUUCUGGGAUUCAGUCAGAACCAGAACUGACUUAACGACGAGCGAGGGACGUCGUUAAAGAGGCCAGAAGAAUGGAUGAAUUUUUCCUUACAAGCCGGUCUGGUCAGCCCAACCCAGUCCGAGCAGGGUGGGUUCACCCGGCGUAAAAACCAGUCGGUGAUGUCCGCCUUCUGCCUCGACCUGAACACGUCCGGAGUUGUGAGUCCAGCACCACUGGAGCUGGACAGCGACUCCAUGGAGCCACGCCACAGCCAGCCCGGCGGCUGCCCAAUGCUUCACGCCGGCUCCGGAGGCCUCGGCGUGGCGUUGGAGGAGGAGCUGGCCAUCCUCAGUGAAGAGCAGGGUGACGAGGAAGAGCUCUCGGUGAUCCACAACGGAGACUUGCUGUCGCUCUUCCGCCAAAAGGAGAAAGAUUUGGUUUUGGCUGCCAAACUCGGCAAAGCUUUAUUGGAAAGGAACCAAGACUUGAGCAAGCAGUAUGAGAAAAUGCACAAAGAUCUCCACGACAAAUUAGAGCACUUGGAGCAGGAGAAGCAUGAGUUGCGUCGGCGUCUGGAAAAUCGGGAAGGGGAGUGGGAGAGUCGUGUGGCCGAGCUGGAGAGCGAUGUUCAGCAGCUGCAAGGAGAACUGGAGCGACACCAGGUCCAGUUAAGAGAGGCCGACAGGGACAAAACCAAGACCAUCAGUGAAUUGUCUGAGCAGAACCACAGAUUGCUGGAUGAACUUCGAAGGGCUGCAGAGGUGGAGAGGCAUCUAUCCACUCAGGUCCAUUCAUUACGGGACGACUUCAGGGAGAAGAAUGUGUCUGCAAGCCAGCACAUGACACAGCUAGAAAUGCUACAGGCUGAAAUUAAGAUGCUGUCGGAGAGGAAGAUGGAGCUGGAGCGGCAGGUUCACGCCAUGCUGGAGGACAACGAAGUGCUUAAGAAUACCAUGGAAGACCUCAGAGAGAAGACACUGGUGUUGGAGAAGCAGUGUCACGAGAAAGACCAACAGUUGCGGCAGACUCAAGUGGAGCUUCAGGAGGUUCAGCUGUCGCACCGGCAGCUAACUGCUCAACUGGAGGAGCUAACGGAGGAAAACAGCCUGCAAAGCCUCACCCCUCACCAGUCCAGCCUAUUGUGUGAGAUAGAACAAAGUAUGGAGCAGGAGGAGCAAGAGCAGGAGAGGGAGCAGCUGCGUCUUGAACUAUGGCAGGCCUACUGUGAGGUGCGCUCACUGUGCUCCCAUCUCCGGGGUAACGACGUCACAGACUCUGCGCUAUCCACAGAUUCUUCCAUGGACGAGUCCUCGGAGACGUCCUCAGCCAAGGAUGUGCCUACUGGGAGCCUUCAUGCCACCCUGCUAGAACUUCGCAGGCUGACACAGAACCUGCUAGAUGGCAACGAGUCUACGGGUUCUCGACGCAGUGAUGAGGACGCUUUGGAAGAACAAUUGAGAAAACUUGGAGAAGAACUCAGAGAAGUCAGAGAGCUGUAUGAAGCUGAACAGGACAAGACACACAACAGUAAAGAGGAGCUGCUACAGCUACACAAUCAGAUGGCGCUGCUCUCAGUUGAAAUGUGUUCCCUCCAAGAGGAGACAGAGCGGAUGAAGACCAUGGCUGAGGUCCGAGAGCCCAGCGACCAGCUCCAGAGUGCUAUUAAAGACAGAGAUGAGGCCAUAGCCAAAAAGAAGGCAGUGGAGAUGGAGCUGGCUAAGUGUAAAAUAGACAUCAUGUCUUUAAAUAGCCAGCUUCUGGACGCCAUCCAGCAGAAGCUCAACCUAUCACAGCAGCUGGAAGCCUGGCAGGAUGACAUGCACAGAGUGAUUGACCAGCAGUUGAUGGACAAGCACCAGGACGAGUGGCGGUCCUCUCCGUCCUCCGCGUCGGGGUCGUCGAGGGCUCACGGCGCUCAGUCCUCCAGACGAGCUCUACGCAUCUCUGACCGGGACAGGAGACUUUUCUCUUUUUUCAAAAAGAAUUGAGGACACAAGACAAACAAAAGCCAGACAACGUCCUGGAGAAGAAUGACAUGACGGCACAGGUGGAAACAACACGGCCCAAGACAGUGGCACACGCAUGCACACACACACUGAGGUUUGCACAUCAUGUUUAAGUGUUCACAAUGAAAGAGAUGAAAUGGUAACGACCUGAUUUCCUUUUAAAAGAGGACUGAAGAAGGUUUCCUUGUAGUGCCUAUAUCAUCCAUGGCUUCUUCCUGCCAACCCUAUAGGGAGGUAACACCAGGUUAACUCUGUCUCUCCUGUCAGGCUAAGCCCGACACAACAGACAUAUUAGAUCAGCUUGGGAACACAUGAUGGUAGCAUAACAACAGCAUCUUCUUCACAUGGGCUAUGUUUCAAUUCAUGCACUUCUGUACUUACAUUUCAUUAGGUAUACUAUGUACACUGCGUACCUGAGGGUGUCAAUUUUGUCAGUGUAGUGCUGUCCAAAAUCCUUACCUUGUCUUCUUCUCUCCUUUUUAAUGGUGAAUUGCAACCACUCAAGUUAGUCAUUCCGCUACAAAGCCAAUUUAGUGAAGAUGAGGGUUGUAAGUGUUCAUCAUUGCACACUUGCCAUGGGAAACUCGAUUCCUUUUACUGACUCGAGUACCUAUGAGUCACGCGCUGAAGUGAAUCAAGUAGCCGUGAGUCAGUGAAACUCGAGUCUUCGUUGUGGACCCUUGAGUCAGUGAAACUCGAGGUUUUGUUGAGUACCCGUGAGUCUAUGAAACUCAAGUCUUUGUCAAGCACCUGUGAGUCAGUGAAAUUUGAGUUUCGGCGACCUGUGAAUCAAUGAAACUUGAGUAUUUGUUGAGCAUCCGUAAGUCAGUGAGACUGAUCUGCGUCGUGCACCCGUGAAGUCAGUGAAAGUCGGAUCUGCAUUGAGCACACGUGGGUCAGUGAAAUUCGAGUCUGUCAACGUGUGAAUCAGUGCAACUCGAGUCUUUGUCGAGCACCCAUGAGUCAGUGAAACUCUAGUCUUUGUCAACCCGUGAGUCACUAUAAUUCUGUUUUUUGUCGAGCACUCGUGAGUGAGUGAAACUCGAGUCUUUGUUGAGCACCCAUGAAUCGGUCAAACUUGAGUCUUCAUCAAGCACCCGUGAGUCAAUAAAACGCGAGUCUUUGUUUAGCACCCGUGAGUCGGUUAAACUCGAGUCUCCGUGGUGUACCUGUGAAUCAUUGAAACUCGAGUCUUCAACAAGGACCCAUGAGUCAGUGAAACUCAAGCCUUAAUCAAGCACCCAUGAGUCGGUGAAAUUUGAGUCUUCAUCAAGCACUAGUGAGUCGGCGAAAUUCUUCUUCGUAAACCGAGUAGACCAUAUCUGUUGCUUCUUCCUCGAGGAAAAUACAUUCAUACAAAUGCAGUUAGACUAACAAAGGCACAGUUGAUGACAUGUUACCUGCUUUCCUUUUUUAAAUCUAGCCAGCGGUAGCAGGGCAGAGUAAGUGAAUGAGUUAACAGAGACGAGUACCUAUGAGUCCCAAUUUAGUAAAAAACUGGAGGUUUGAACAAGUCAUUCAUGACUCGCAUAUCUCUUCACACUUCACGGUGUAGAAACAAUGCAUUUUGCCGUACAUGUCCGUGUUAAUGCACUUAUGCACUUCAAAUGCUUAGUGUAAGUGUGGAAGUGCGCCAAUUGAAACGCAGCCAUGCUGCUUAUUUGAAGGUUUUAUUCGUUUGUUUGGGAGAUCAGCACCAUUGUGUGUCGUUCAUCGGAACAAUCCAGCUCAAAAAGUAUUUCUUUUAUCAUCAGCACUCCAGCACUUUGUCAUUUUCUGAAUUUUUCAGAGACCUUGGACCAAGAGCCAUGAAAAUUAAGCUUCAUGUAAUCCUGUUUUACAACAAAAUCAGAACAGAACUUGAUUGAUGGAUGCAAUUAUCAGUCUAAAUAAUCAAGUUCUCUUUAGCACUUUAGCCCUUUUUUUUAAAUCUCUUGGACAUGUUCCAUUCCUGUUGAUCUCUGACAUGUGAAUAAAACUUUUCAGGAUGGAUUAUUUUUCUACAUUUCCUGCAUUAUUUUUUUAGACGCUCUCAUGCAGGGUGUCCAAAGGCUGCCGAUUUUGGCCCACAGCUCAAUUUUUAUUGGUACCGUCGGAUAUUGUAAACAUAAAAUUGAUUAUUGGUGAGAUAUAUUACCAGAAAUUACAUUAAUUUGCUUUGUGAGCUAAGAUGUGGACUUUUUGUUCAGAUAGCUAAGCAUGUAUUCACAUACACUGGAUUGGUUUUAGCACAAAAUGCAUCCCCCCAUUCCUUCAAUUUUUCUGCCUGGAAAAGGUUUGGACACCCCUGCUCCCGUGUAUCAUUUUGUUGUAUUUUCAACAUUUUCCUAUUUAACCAUAUUCCUCAAAUGUUUACAUGCAUGGGCGUGAUAAGGUGGACAAACUACAAAAAUGCUCUCUUAAAUUCAUAAAAGGAUAUGUUGACUUGGAACAACUUUGACAAUAACGUAGUCACAGAAAAAAAAUCUACCUCCAUCCUCACUGCUUCAACCUUUCACAAGUAAUUAGAGUUCCUUUUAACCCAUAAGAACCCACUAAAGAACACUUUAAAUGUCCUGAAAUGUGGCCCAUACAGCUUUGUGCUUGACUGGAACUCAUUAAGUCCCUAAGUAAUGUAUAGGAAACAUUUUGGAGUGGUGGUCAUGUGACUGUUCCAGGAUAUGGCUUCCCCAAGAUGGCAGAGUGUGAGGUAAGCUAGUUCAUUUCCAGACGCUUAUUUUUGGCCAAAAGUGUCGUUUUAAAGCCAUUUAACAAUUCUGAUGCUUUAAUAGAUUGUCAGAUAUUACAAUUCAACUGUUCUCACUGUAGUUCUUUCAUAAAUUCAUAUAAAACAAGCAAGGAAAAUAUCGCAAAUAAUUAGCCUUAAUAUUGCUAUAGUCACAAUAGCAAAAAUGCUAACAAGCAAGUCAAUACUAUCUCAUUUAUUUUGAAUAUAUAUUUUCUUCAAUUCAAAAUACAUUUGUGGUAUCCAGCACAAAAAGGUGUCAAGUUGUGGGAAAUUGCACAUGAAGUGAACAUAUGUAACAUGAAACAUCUCUGACAUGAGUUAGUAGUGUGAGGUAUCUCCCACACAGUUGUACUUGAAGUAGAAACGUGGGUUCUUAUGGAUUAUGCUGUCCGGUGUUGCUGUCAAUGAUUGGAAGUGUGUUUUAAGUGUGUUACUGUCUCUCGUACGUGUGUGUGUGUACGUGUUUGGGCUGCUGCACCACGCAGCUGUGCAAACCUAUGCAGAUGUCAUCUCUGUGAAGGGAGGAACCCAAAGAAUGUUUUUUUAUACGUGAAACAAGUCAGAUUGGGUUUGGAUGAAGUGAAUAUAUUUAUAAGAAAAUGAAUACUUUUGAAAUAAAAUCGACUUUCUUCCUUUUAAAAAAAAAAAAAGUGUGUUCUUCGUGAGUGAGACGUGUCAACGAUGUGUCAAGAAGAGCUCUAGUCGCCUACGUAAGAGACGUCCAAAAUGCGUCCCUGGGGCUAUUUUCGGCCUGUAGCUUGUUUUUUAUUAGCCCUCGACAUCCAUCCAUCCAUCCAUUUUCUAUACCGCUUCAUCCUCAUUAGGGUCACGGGGGCAUGCUGGAGCCUAUCCCAGCUGACUUCGGGCGACAGGCGGGGUACGCCCUGGACUGGUCGCCAGCCAAUCACAGGGCACAUAUAGACAAACAACCAUUCACACUCACAUUCAUACCUAUGGACAAUUUAGAGUCGCCAAUUAACCUAACAUGCAUGUUUUUGGGAAUGUGGGAGGAAACCGGAGUACCCGGAGAAAACCCACGCGCACACGGGGAGAACAUGCAAACUCCACACAGAAAUGCCCAGGGGAGAAUCGAACCCAGGUCUAGCCCUCGACAUAUUAAAAUAAAUUCAUUAUGAAUGAGAUAGACAGAGGUUCUCUGCACAUUCACGAUUCAGCAUUCAUAGCCCCUCAAACUUAUGGAUUCUUGAUUAAAAAUACAUUUAAAAAAAUACAAUCAUCCCUCACCAUUUUGUGCUUGGAAUUUUGCAAAAAUGUAUUACUAAUUCAUGCUGUUUCAUGGUUGAAUAUGGCCUAUUAUUAGUCAAAAUAUGCAUAUUGAAGCAAAUGUUAUGUAUUCUUUGCCUAAACUAAGCAUUUCAAGCAUAAAAAUGGCUAAAUGAACAAACAUACAAAUAUAAGGCAUUCAGAAGAUGCAUUUAAAGACUCUGGGAUGAUAUGUAGUAUUCUAAAUGGUCACAAGGUGUCAGUAAUGUUACUGUAAAGUUCAGCGAGACACACAAGCACCAGACUUGAUUCCUGGAACAACGGGCUUUCAUAGCAGGUUUGAUCUCACAACAUGCACAAUAAUCCCUACGACGGGCUGCUGUUGCGCCCGUAACCCACGCAAGGUAAAACUCAACUCUGAACCCUUAACAUCACUUCCUGUCCGCAACUGGAACACAUUUACAGCAACACACGAGCACAAGUCUUAUUUUGUCUUAUUAUGUCUACUACAUUGUGUAAUAUGAGUGACUAUAUGAACACUCGUGGACUAGAGGGCUCUAAUAGUGUGUAAAAAAACGUAUCCACAAGGCCUUAAACAGACAUUCUAUGCUCAAGCUAUGAAAAUAUUCCAUUUAUAAAUAAGGAAUCCGACUUUGUGGAAAUUCACUUACUACGAUUGGGUCUGGGAUCAAUUAAUCACGUCUGGGAUCAAUUAAUCACACUAAUCGGCGGAUUACUGUAUAUUUUUCAAUAAAAAAUUGCAUGUCAGCUUUGUGUUAUAGGUGAAAAACUUUAUUAUUAAAUAGUAAUGUUCACAUUUUUUGUCAUUACAUUAUGCCUUUUUGAAGCACCUUUUCCCAAUUUUUGUUUUGUUUAUUUGGUUUAAUUGUUUCCUGGUAAUGUCAAAAACAAGGGGGGGAACAAUUCACGCACUACAUCAGCGUAUCGAUUUAUAUUCCUAUUAUCCAACUAAAUCGAUCUGUGUUCAGCAAGUUGCCAUUCCAGACUAAAUAUAUCGAUCUGACAUCGUUUAAAAAGUAAUCAAUCGACUUGGUGCGCCCUGUUCGCCACUCGCUAUCGACCACAUUAGGACGGUCUGUGUAGUUUGCCGUUCCAAUUCCGCACAGUAGAAGGCAUUGUGACCCACACCUCAUACACACAUAACACAAAUGACUUGGUCGCACAUUGUAACGCGUCUGUUCGUCAAUAUAGUGAGAUAUUAGAUGCAUGACCUUUAAAAUCAGUGCAGUACACUUACACGGAGACAGCAAACAUCAUGAAUGUUUUUUAAUCGCCUGUACGCGUUAUAAGGCGCACGCGCAUGCAAUGAAAACAACACCCGGAAGUCAAUAACUUCUGUUGUUAAAUAACGUCUCACGUUUCUAACCACACAAACCAAAUAGCUCAGUUUUGCCCGUCCAUGCACAAACAGUUAUGUAAAUGAAAUGAUGACGUCAUCUAGCCCUGCCACAUAUAUAUUGCAGUCCUGUGGGAAACACUGUAUUGAGUUUUUUUAUGAGGAUGCCAGCAUGAUAAUUGGAGAUAACAACCCUCUUGGUCUUGAUGAAUGGUUUCUAUGUGGUGUAUUUCUAUUGUUCAAGCCAUUCAUGAUUAUUCUUUAUGAAGGGAGCCUUAUUUUUGAAAAAACGCGUUUGUCCAACACAUUGAACAUGCGACAUGAAGUCACAUGAACCUUCUGCCUAGUCUCUUGUCGCACACAUCACGAUUUAGUCAGCCAACAAAGCACUGCAUUCUACUUGGUUAUCUUCUGUCCUGUUUUUAAGUUCCAUUCUCUGUAUUUGUUGCAUUACUGACUCAUUUUGCAAUUGAAAGCAUUAAUUAAAAUCUGGACAACUGUGUAUUUUGUGGCGUAAACAACCAGUCGGAUCAUUGUGAGACUGUGUGUGUGUGUGUGGCACAGACGUGCCAUUGAGUGUGUUUUGUGCUGCUUGGUUUUGGGUAUGGAGUGUUUUUGGUGGGAGCGUUGUGCUGUGUGCGAGUGCUUCCAUUCAUAAAAGAAUGCACACACAAAAUGACUGCCGCAUGCAAUGAGUAGGACGCAGUGCCCUGUCAACAAUGAGCCGGUUUGCACAAAUGCAGUUAAAACACAGCAAUCAACUGAAAUUUGUACGUUGGGCGCGCUUGAUUUAAAAGUGUAUUCUUCUAUUCUACGUAUUUCAUUUGAAUGUUGAAUUAUUUUUUAAAUACAAGGGCAAGAUUCUACUCUUUUAUACAAAAAUGUAUUUUUUUUGUAAGUGUAACAACACAGUAUGGUAGCAGUGAUGGUGAAGGAAAAAGGGUGAUGAAGACCACAGAACUGGAAAAUAAAGGAAAGGCUGUGGUUGCUCAUCAGUUUUGUAUUAAAUACCCAAAAGCCAUGCUUAAACACUAGAAGUACCGGCCUCAACCUUCCCACCGUAGAAAUACCUGAGAGGAAUUUGGAAUUUGGAAUUUGUGGAAUUUGGAUUAACAAGUUGAUAGUCCUCACCAGUCAGUUUUCAUAUGUAAAUGCAGUCGUUUUUUUGGAAAUGUUAUUGGAAAAAUCUUAU